AUUUCUCCAAGUAAAACAGCCCGUCCAAUUCUGUCCUCAUCUCGUUCGAUCCCCCACCAGCUCUCAUCUCGUUCGAUCCCCACCAGGCUCAUCCAGAUGUGCCAUUUCCCCCGAUUUGCUGCUGGCGAAGGAAGAUGUCGUUGGUGCCAGCAGGAAACUAAUUCCCAGCCUAUUCUCCAGCAUCCGGAUCGAGUCUGCUGGCAGGCCACGGGGAGGGCAAUGGAGAACGUGGCAUGCCGCUCAACCUCGUCAUGGCCGGCGGCUAGCUAUCAUAGCUGAGGUGCUGGAUGUUGGUAGAUCGGGGGAUGCGCUGGUGGAGCUCACGGAGAGGGCUGCACCAAUUCGUGAAUUUCCCAGGUGAACUCACGCGGCGGAGAAUGGUUGGAUCUAAAUGCACGGGACAACGGAUGGCACCGUGGUUAUGGUCCAUGAGAUCUAUAUGUGGGUAAUGUAAGCAAGUCACGCCGUGGACUGCACAGUGCGGUGGUUCUCCUAUUAGCUCAGGUGCUGGAGAAGAGAUAGUCAGAAUGGCGACACCGGGCAAAUCUAACCUUAUGUGGAACACUGGAGAGCUUGCUGAUCGGCUUGUACCAUGUUUUGCUAUUAAGCUUAUGAAGCAAGGUGUAUCUGAGCUGAAUAUCUAGCCUUUUGAUGGACGCGCUGGUAAUGGUGAACAAAUAUAUGUUCAGGUUUCAUUUGGUGAUAGGCAACUCAGAAGGAUGGCUGGGCGUGACUUUGUCGAGUGUCGGGCAAAAAUUGGUCGUGCCUUCGUUGGGCGUCGAGCGUGCUUUGGUGUGUCGUGCCUUCGUUGGGCAUCGAGCGUGCUUUGGUUUGACUUCGUCAAACGUCGAGCAAAGUUGCGUGUUUCUCUGCGAGAAGGCUAGAACUUUGUUAGCCAAGAUUCCUGUGAAGAUUGUAUCCAGAAUAAUAACUACGCACUUUUAUGAUUCAGGUGAAGGCAACUCAGAAGGAUGGUUGGGCGUGACUUUGUCAAGUGUCGAGCAAAAAGUAAGCUUGCUAAAUAACAAUUACCAAAUCUAAAGAUUCAGGCGAGAGGUGCUUUGGCGUUACUUGUUCUGACAUCGAUUGGAUCAGUUGGCCGUGGCUUCGUCGGGCAUCGAGCGUGCAUUGGUAUGACUUCAUCGAACAUCGAGCAAUGUUGUGUUGCCUC